GGCGAUGGCGGCGUGUGGCAUGUGCUCUUCAAGGCCCCAGGCUUAAUCCAACGCAAGCAAGCUCCACUGCCAUCACGCCUGCUAACCAACCUAUCAUACCUCAACUCUAAAUCAACUGCUGGAGUUGGUGCAGCAGGCAUCCAAUCUAGAUUCAAAUAUCAAGAUAUCUGCAUCAAAUACUCCCCUGAAAGUUCGCAUUCCUAUCUACCAAGAUGGAAGGGCUGUUCUUUAAUGUGAACAAUGGCUAUAUCGAGGGCAUUGUUCGAGGCUAUCGGAAUGGCCUUCUCACAGGUGCCAACUACUCCAAUUUGACGCAAUGCGAGACCAUCGAUGACCUCAAACUUCAGCUUGGCCCAGCUUACGGCGACUUCCUUGCCUCCCUACCGCCGAACCCAUCCACUUCCAGUCUUGCUGCGAAAACAACCGACAAAUUAGUCUCUGAGUUCAGAUAUGUUCGUGCGAAUGCCGUGGGAUCACUGGCACAGUUCUUGGAUUACCUUACCUAUGGCUAUAUGAUCGACAACGUUGCGCUGCUCAUCACGGGCACGCUACACGAGCGAGACACCCGCGAGCUACUAGAGAGAUGUCAUCCCUUAGGCUGGUUCGAGACGAUGCCGGUGCUCUGUGUUGCUACCAACAUUGAGGAGCUUUACAACAGUGUUCUAAUAGAGACACCACUGGCCCCCUACUUCAAAGGCAGCCUGAGCCAUCAAGAUCUAGAUGAGCUGAACAUUGAGAUUGUGAGGAACACCUUAUACAAGAACUAUCUUGAAGAUUUCCAUAACUUCGUCAACACACACCCGGAUAUGGCUGGCACUCCUACUGCGGAAGUUAUGAGCGAAAUUCUGGAAUUUGAAGCAGAUAGACGGGCUAUCAACAUCACACUCAACUCGUUUGGGACCGAGCUUAGCAAGGCGGAUCGUAAAAAGCUAUACCCAAGCUUCGGCCGGCUAUACCCAGAAGGCACCUUGAUGCUUUCGCGGGCUGAUGAUUUCGAGGGCGUGCGACUAGCCGUUGACGGUGUAUCCGACUACAAGAACUUCUUCGAUGCUGCAGGCUUGGGUGGCGGUCCUUCGGGACCUGGUAACAUGGCCGGCGGCUCUGGUGGCAAUGGAAGGAGCCUAGAAGACAUGUUCUACCAGAAGGAGAUGGAGAUUUCAAAGAAUGCUUUUACCAGGCAAUUCACCUACGCCAUUGUAUAUGCUUGGGUAAAGCUGAGAGAACAGGAAAUCCGUAAUAUCACGUGGAUCGCCGAGUGCAUAGCACAGAACCAGAAAGAAAGGAUCGGCAAUUACAUCAGCGUGUUUUAAUGGGAUCCCGGCGGCCUUAUAAAUUUGAUUUCUUCCAUGUUGCUGCUCUUUUCUUCACUUCUGUAGUACUAAUGCGAGAGGAUACCAAAUGGAUGAAUUGAAAGUGUGCAGGCGAAAAGUAAAAACGACAUCAUGACCCAGCGGC